CAUGAUGCUGUUGACAAUAUUUAUGUGUCGGUGGUAACGUAAGAAGGUAAUUGUGACUUACAAUAUAAAUUACCUGGAUUAACAGAUGAAGCGGAUACAAUAGGAAGAUAUACGAUUUAAAACCAAUGCUGUUAAGUUAUAGGAAUUGUUUUAAAACGUCACAAACAAUGUUACUUUUGUUUCUUAUCCGUUUCAUGCUGUUAACUAUAAACUGCGUGUCUGGCCAACAUAUAUGUGAAGUAGGAUGUAAAUGUACCAUGUAUGGUUUCUGUGCCGCCUGCGAGGAUGGAUAUUAUAUGCAAAACUGGACUUGUAUAAAAUGCUCAGCAAAUUGCGUUAAUUGCUUAUCGGGCCAAACUUGCUUAGGAUGUGACGCCGGACAUUACUUAAACAAAUAUAACAAUGAUGCGGAUGUAUGUUCUCCGUGCUCCGAAGGAUGUAACAAAUGUUUAUCUAAAGGAAAAUGUUUAGAGUGCGACACGGGAUAUUUCAAGACCGAUAAUUCUUGCAGGAAAUGUUCAGCCAGAUGUAAAAGAUGCACAUCAGAUAAUAAUUGUCUUGAAUGUAAUGUCGGUUUUCAUCAAAAUGGUAUCUUGUGCUUGAGUUGUCCCGAAGGAUAUUUUGAGGCCGGUGAUUCCUGUUCACUUUGCCCAAAUAACUGCGCUUCUUGCUCUAUUUCUAAUGAAUGCACGAAAUGUAAGACAGGGUACUUCGGCAUUACUUGUACACAGAAGUGCUCUCUUGGAUGCGUUGGAAACGUUUGCGGUAAAGACAUGGGUAACUGUACUUGUCAAGGUAACUUUAUAGGAAAUGCAUGUCAUCUAUGUAUUCGGGGUAAAUUUGGUCCCAAUUGUACUCGUGUUUGCCCUAAACAUUGCAUGACGUGCAAUUCGUCAGAAAAGUGCGUUGUUUGUCAUCCUGGUUAUUACGGAAUUCAAUGUCAAUUUAAUUGCCGAAAUGAGUGUUCGAUUAAAAGAUGUCACAAAAUAACUGGUGCUUGCGUUAAAUGUAAGCCAUAUUUUAAGUUGCCAAACUGUAUAAAAUGUGUGGAUGGCAGAUGGGGAAAGAAUUGUGGCAGAGAUUGUCCAGACAGUUGUCUUUCCUGUUUAUCCACUACGGAAUGCACAAAGUGCAAAACUGGAUAUCACGGCAAGCAAUGUGAAAAGAAAUGCUCUGAUGGAUGUUCGUUGUUAUCGUGUGAACAAGCAACAGGGAUCUGCUCUCAAAGUUGUAAAGGUAACUUUGUUGGGCAAAAGUGUGAUUACUGUAAAAACGAAAUGCACGGACAAAAUUGUAGCUUAUUAUGUCCAAAGAAUUGUAAGGGUCACGUAUGUAAUAAAUUGGAUGGAAAAUGUUCGGAAGGGUGUAAUCCUAAGUUUCACGGGACUCAUUGUAACGAUUCAUGUCCGGCCAACUGCAAGUCAUGUAUAUCAGAUACAGUGUGUCAAUCCUGUGAAGACGGACAUUGGGGAGAGCGUUGUCAUAAAAAAUGUCCUGAUGGGUGUUUGGACAGCACAUGUCGGUCGAAUGGAACUUGCAGUGCAUGUAUUGCUGGUAACUACGGAGAUUAUUGUAAUAUAGAAUGCCCAAACAACUGCAAAGACUCUUUGUGCAAUAUGGCAGGUUAUUGCAACGAUUGUCAGGCAGGUCAUUUUGGUACCUUUUGUUCUGAACUUUGCCCUCCGAAUUGUUUUUCAAGUGAUUGCUUAAGAAAUGGAAGUUGUUAUUCCUGUCCAUCCGGGCUUUAUGGGAAGAAGUGUGACAGAUCUUGCCGUGAGAACUGUCAUUCUUGUACGGAUUAUACGUCGUGCAAGUCAUGUUUCAAUGGUUUUUAUGGUCAGUUUUGCCAAGACAAAUGCAGUUACUGUAAAACAGGAACAGAUUGUAACAUUGGUACUGGUGAUUGUCAAUUUUGUGAAGAUGAGAUGUACGGCAACAAAUGCCAGUCAAAAUGUAAUACAAAAUGUCAAACUUGUAAUAGUUCUAGUGGUCGAAUUAAUGAAUGUUUAACGUGCAAAAAAGGUAGUUACGGACGAAAUGAAAGCAGUGGGUUUCAUCAUUGCAAUAUACGCUGCUCUAGAAAUUGUAUGAAUACAACAUGUAAUGCUGAUAAUGGCACAUGUGAAUACGGCUGCAAACAAGGCUACUGGGGAGGACAGUGCGAGUUGGAAUGUCCCAAAAAUUGUCUUCACAGCGACUGUCACAGCGAUAAUGGAACUUGUAGGCAAGGGUGCUUAGCUGGUUUUAAUGGAGAUAAAUGCGACUGUCCAGUUAGCUGUAUAUGUAAUUUAGAUGGCACUUGUGCCAAGUGUAGGACUGGUUUUGGAAAUUUAGCUAAGAACUGCACAUGUACAUCGGAAGUAUGUAACAAUGUUAAACAAUGUUCAUCAUGCUUUAACUCAACGUAUUACGUACAAAGCAACUCAUGUUGUGAGUGUAAUAGCAAUUGCCGACAAAAUGAAUGUUUUUCUGAAUUUCACUGCAGACAUGGGUGUAAAGCUGGAUUUUAUGGAUCCGCGUGUGUUUCUAAAUGCAGUACAAAAGAUGACAUGUGCACUGACUGCAUAACAAACACUGAUGGAGAGUACGGCGGAUGUAUCUCUUGUACACAGGGCUAUUUUCUAGACUUGCAUUCAAAUACAGCCAGCAAACACUGUAUAGAAUGCACAAAGACAUGCACUGAUGGGAAAUGUGAUGCUAGAACAGGUGUUUGCCUUACUGGAUGUGUAAAUGGUACAUGGGGUGAUCGAUGCGAGAAGCAAUGCUUUGAAACAUGUUCGGUGUGUCAUCGGGGAACUGGAGCCUGUAUGAAAUGUGUACGUAACACAUUGUUAGGACCACUUUGUGACCAUGAAUGUAAUAAUAGAUGUAAAGAUCAGGAUUGUGAUUUUGCGACGGGAAAAUGUAGCGUAGGAUGCGUGGUUGGCUUCUACGGAGAAGAUUGCAGUUAUUCAUGCAACGAUAAAUGUCGCAACAGAACAUGCGAUAGAGAGACAGGAUCCUGUGACUAUGGAUGUCUAGAAGGUUUUGAAGGGGCCAUGUGUUCACAGGAAAGAACAAUCGAAAAUAACUCUAGUACAACAAAACAACUUGGUUCUGUAAUACUGCUGGUAUCCGUGGUAAUACUGACCAUCAGUGUAGUUCUGGUAGCUGUCAUACUGCUUAAAAGACGACAAAGCCCGAAACGAGAACGUGUAGUCAGUGGGAGGUUUGGAGAAGUUGUGACAUACAGACAAGUUAAAAGUACGUGUGACCGUUCGGAGGACAACUCUUUAGGCAUUGUCUCCAUAAAGAGAAAUAACAAACAGAAACAAAGGCUAUCGGGAAACAAGAAACAUAAAGGAGCCUGUCCAGAAAGCUCAGCAUCCAACGUUGAUAACCAUCCAACACACCGUCUGUCCGAAAGCACUGCUGAAUAUGCCACAAUCGAGAGGAAACAUUUAGAUACGAUGUUCCAAGAAGGCGCAGCAGAAUGUUCUGAAACAUUUGACGAUCAUAUAUACUUCAAUGCAGAUGAAGUUAUGAAAAGAAAAAUACCGUUAGAUCAACUUAGAGAGUUUGUAAAAAACAAAACUAUAGACAAUUAUGUUGAAGAAUUUAAGGAAUUACCGUCGGGACUUAUUAAGCCGCAUAAAGUUUCACAGAAGAGAGAGAACAUACUGAAAAACCGUUACAGAGAUAUAUACCCUUAUGACAGUAAAAGGGUAAUUCUACGGGAAGGUAAAUCUGACUACAUUAACGCAAGUUACAUAGACGGUUACAUGAAACAAAGAGCAUACAUUGCUUCGAUGGGUAUGACAUUUGUAUACAUUAUACAUAUCUUUACGUACUCAAACUGUAUCACAUGUGCAAAUUUACCAUGAAUAACACUUUUUCAGACAUACACAUUCCAACACAUGUAUUUUAAAUAAUAAAUGAUGUCCACGAUACAGGAAUUAUUGAAUACUAUAAGAGGCUUUAAAAGUGUAAGAACGCAACGAAAGUCAACUAAAUGCAGACUCGGUUCUGUUCGAUUUGCUUACCUUUGUUUUUGUUCGGUUUAACGUCACAUCGACACAGUUACAAUUCAUAUUGCGACUGUCCAGCUUUUGAUGGUGGAUGAAAACCGCAGAUACUCUCCAGGCAAUAUUUAACCUGGGCAGAAUCAACGAUCUUCCGUAAGCUAGCUGGAUGAUUUCUAUACCAAAGCGAGAUUUCGAGACCAUAGCAGUUAGGGGCAGUGUAUUCGAAGUGAGCGACCUUAACUUCUCGGCCACGUAGGCCCGUGUUAGUGAUUAGUAAAAAAAAAUGUGCAAAACCAACUAUACAACCAGCUUAAGUGGAACUCUGUUUACAUUAUUGGCCAAUACAGUACGAUAAUUAAGACAAGAGAACAUAAAUUACAGUACUUAGAUUAAGUAAAUACAGAUACUAGCCACGUCAUCCUAGCUACAGUCCUGUGAAUGAUGUUACUACAGCUAAGUGGAUGUUUAGAGCUGGAAUAUUUUGUAUUUUGUAGGAAAUUAGAACGUAAGGCAAUUACAUUUAUUCAACGAUU